GGGCGGGGCCCGGCCGCCUGCCAGGCUUGCCACCCUAGCAGGGGCGUCGGGGGUUCUGGACUUGGUUGCCACUUCCUGAGCCGCGGGGAUGGAGGCGUCGCGCUGCCGGCUCGGACCCCGCGGGGACAGUGCCUUUGAAGAUGAGACCAUGAAGCUUCGACAGCUGAAACUAGAUAAUCAGAGAGCACUUCUGGAGAAGAAGCAGAGAAAAAAGCGCCUUGAGCCACUUAUGGUACAGCCAAAUCCAGAAGCAAGGCUUCGUCGAUCAAAGCCAAGAGGUAGCGAGGAGCAAACUCCUUUGGUGGAACCUCAUACCCCACAGAACGAUGUCAUCUUACAUGGCAUUGAUGGUCCAGCUGCCUUCUUGAAGCCAGAUGCUCAAGAUUUGGAAACCAAACUUCACGUUCUCUCAGUAGGCUCCUCUGCUACAGAAGAAGAUACUGAAGAAAGUGCUGAUGGAGAAAGCACUUUGGAGACUGUGUCCAAGCCAGAUCUCCAGGAGAUUCUCCAAAAACAUGGUAUCUCAGGUAGUUUGAACUUCGAUGAAGAGGAGACCGAUGGGGAGGAAGAAGGGAAAAAAUUAUGUCAUUCACCAUAUUCGGAGGCAGAGAGACCCAAUUCUGCAUCCAGCCAGAAAUCAGUGACAGAUACCGGAGCUUCGGGAACUGCAGCCCAACAAACGGAUAACCAGCUGGGGGAAGUGGAGAACUUAGAGGACUUUGCAUAUAGUCCUGCCCCUCGGGGUAUUACAGUCAAGUGUCGGAUAACCAGGGAUAAAAAAGGAAUGGAUCGGGGUCUCUUCCCCACUUACUAUAUGCACUUGGAAAAGGAUGAAAAUCGGAAGAUAUUUCGUCUUGCAGGUAGAAAGCGGAAAAGAGCAAACAUCCACUACCUUAUCUCCACUGAUCCAACGAGUUUAUCUCGUGAAGGGGAAAGUUACAUUGGCAAACUCAGAUCCAACCUCAUGGGGACCAAGUUUACAGUUUUGACCAUGGGGUCAGCCCGACCAAGCCCAGGUCUGGUAGAAAAGACCUAUAUCCGGCAGGAGCUGGCAGCCAUCUGUUACGAAACAAAUGUACUUGGAUUUAAAGGUCCUAGGAAAAUGUCUGUGAUUGUUCCAGGGAUGAAUAUGAAUCAUGAACGGAUCCCAUUUCGGCCACGAAAUGACCACGAGAGCUUGCUUUCCAAAUGGCAAAACAAAACCAUGGAGAACUUGAUUGAACUGCACAACAAGGCCCCAGUCUGGAAUGAUGACACGCAGUCCUACGUCCUGAACUUCCAUGGCCGUGUCACUCAGGCAUCAGUUAAGAACUUUCAGAUAGUCCAUGAGAAUGACCCUGACUACAUAGUCAUGCAGUUUGGACGCGUGGCAGAUGAUGUGUUCACCCUGGACUACAACUACCCGCUGUGUGCACUUCAAGCCUUUGCCAUUGGGCUUUCUAGCUUUGACAGCAAGCUGGCCUGUGAAUGAGCAAACAGCAGGCACCUAGCUUUCUCACUCAGAGCUUUCAGGAGCCGAUACUUGCCUCCUUUGCUUUUGCCCCAGGCCAUGAAGAGCACCAGCCCACCCCUUUGGGAGUAAUCCCCGAAUGUAUGUAUAUGUGUCUACGUGCGUGUGUAUAUGUGUAUAUGCACACACGCACAUAUGUACACACUCGACUUCUCUGGGCUCCACAGACCUGGUCAGGGGUCACGGCUUCACCUGGGUGAUGGGUGGUUGAGAGCACAGAAGGUUCCUGUCCAGAGCACAUUGGUAACUCCCGAGGGGACUGGCCAGCACAUUCUGUGCCUCCGAGGUCAGAUUUCCUACGCUUGGGAACUUGCAGCUAGAAUCAGGUUCUAAUGAUUACUUCCCGGGGUCUUUUUUUUUGGGAAGACCUUUCCAGAGUGGGAUAGUUCCCUAAAUUGCCUUUAGUCUUCAGGUCUGCAGACUUUUUCUGUAAAUGGCCAGAGAGUCCCUUACAGCUGCUCAGCCACGGCCAGUUCAAAAACCAGGGAGGGUGGCCGUAUUCCACCGAAACUUGGUUUACAAAAACGGCAGCGCAUCAGAUCUGGGAUGUUGCUGUAAGUGAUGGGCCUCGGCAUCUUCCAGAAAGAGCCUGUGGCUGUGACAUCAUAUGAGUGGAACAUGGAUAUCUCUAGGGAGCAGUAGUCCCACUGACUGGGUCCAAAAGCUACUCGGCUUCAUCCACAUAGAUUUUACAUUGUUUUUUAUUUUUUAUUUUAUUUUUUUUCUAAUUUUUUUUAAGUAAGCUUAAACUCACGACCCUGAGAUCCGAAGUUACAUGCUCUACUGACAGAUUCAGCCAGGUACCCCUCAAGAUUUUAUUUUAUUUUAUUUUUUCCAAGUAAGCUUUAUAGCCAACAUGGGGCUUUUUAAAAUUUUUACUUUUAUUUCACUUUUUCUUUUUUUUAAGUAAGCUUUGCUUUUAGCUUGUUUUGGUGAUGAUGGCUUCUAAGAGCUUUGUUUACCUUCAGAACUGGGAAAACCCCACAUCAGUGGUCAUUUUGAGCGCACAUAGUUAGCUUCAUUCUGCCGUCCUACCCGAAGUACCCAUCGGGGAGGACCACAUCAGCCACUUUAGCACCCCACGCGGAGAACUUCACGCUCACUUGGAAACAAAUCUAGUAUUGUAUCGUCUUUAUCAGAGUAAGCGUGGUGUUAGAGCGAGCUUGCCUUCCUCCUGGGGCUUGGAUGGUACUGAUGUCACAGUCCCCCACUGCCCCCCUUCCCUCAGAGCAGGUUGGCUGGUAGCCAUCUCAGUCAAAGCGGCUCUGGCCAAAUUUUGUGAUUAGUGAUAUGAGAAAUGUAUUGUCUUAAUUUCAGUUUAGGUGGACAGCAUAAACUCUGGGGGUGACUUAGUCUCAUGAAGACUGAGAGUAAUUCGACAGUUGCCUUCAUCUUCCAUCCAGGAGUGCCUCCGACAGCCAUAGGGCUGUGGAGCCAUUAGUAUAGAGGGACACACACACCCAUAGACCAUGUAAGAGGUAAGAACAUUAUGUAUGGAAACCUUACCACUGACCAGCUAGCUGACCGAGCUCUGCGGACCUUGUUAGGCAGAGCUCUGGGCCUUUCUUCUUAACACAAAUAUUAUCAGCCCCCUAAAGCCUGGAUCAUUGGUACGGAUCACGCUCCUGUCACUUUUCCUCACAGAUCAUAAGAGUUUUGCCAAGUCUUUCAGAUCAUUAGUACCUCCCAACAAAUCCUAGGACUCUGCUUGCCACCAGCUCACCGGUCUCAGAAUGCAUCUGACUCCAGACAAUCCAAGAGCUUUGUGAGUUCUACGUUCAGCAUUGUUCUGCCCCCAAGCCUUUGUGCGCCUGAGCUUUUUGCCAGCAUGGGGCAAGGAAUCAGCUGCUGUUGUUCCAUUAUGUUUCCUUUCCAUGGACUUCCUUUUCGUCCCUGCUUCCUGUCGUUCCUUGCUCCACAUCGAAUAGCAAUGAAGGAAAGAGAGCUGGGAGAUGAAAAGACUUUGCUCGUCCCUCACAGGCGAGGCCUAUCUGUUGUUUUGACGUGAUUGGUUUCCAUCUCAGGCGCGCUUCCUAUCAAGUGCCUCAUUCAUAGAAGUGCCCUAACGCCCGGCAGACCUCUGGCACCACCGUCCUGACGUACUGUCUGAUCCGCCCUUGUUGAAAACGGGAAGCUGUUCACUUCUCUCCAGUUGCAGUAGAUGACCGCGUCUGGGGGAUAGGGAGCCUGCGGGAUGACUGGAUCUAAUCCUGCUUCCUCCUGCUCUGUCUGGCUCUAAGACAUCCAUCCAUACCCCAGCUCAGGUACUCUCUGCUUGAGUGUGCAAGCGAUAGGUUUUACAGAAUCUAUUUAUACCUUUGUAUGCCUACAGAAAUAAAAAAUAAUUUAUCUAAAAAUGUGA